UUAACUGAUUCCUGUAUGCUUUUGUGGCAACUGAUUUUAAAUAUAUUAACAUAUUAUUCAAUUUUAAAUUUUAUAUGUUUAUACACGCAGUAAGCUGAUUUGUGCAACUUUCAUUUCUGUAAUGUAAAUUGACCGCUACGAAGAGGCAAUGUUGACAGACUUCUUGAAAGUGAAUAUGGGCUUUCAUUUAUAGUAUUAGUUGUCAUGAGGGCUUAUUUAAGACUUUUCCUUACGUGGGAAGGGAGCUAAUAAGAGCUUAUAAGAACGAAAGCAAUAGGCAGUAUAUCACUUCGACUAUUCCCCUGACUACGUCAGUAACAGCAUCACAGAUCCUUGUUAAAUUAUAUAGGAGUUUUAUGUUUUUCCAGUCGAUUUCCUUCCUCGCUAUUCUACCCCGAUUUCAAUUGGAUCACCUAACUUAGAUAUCUAUGUAAUUAAUUUUUAAUUUUUUCGAUAAAUACUCCUUUGAGCUUACGUGCAUAGCUGAUGAGUCCAAACAAGUACUUAAAUUUUAUUUAAGUUGAGGGAAAAAAAAAAAAAAGCGAAACGCGAGCUAUUAAUUGAAUGCAAAAGGACAUGUGGAGCUGGAACCUGUAACCCUGAGUCUGCAUGUAACUUCCUAUCUGCUUCUUACUGGUCGACCAAAUCAUAAAUGAGAAGAACAAGGGUCCCGUCUAGGACUAGGACCCCUUCCACAAAAUAAAUAGUAAUAAUAAAAAAAAAUCUCGGACCCCAUAACUAAAUCCUUCACGGCUUCACCCAUCAUCUUCGUGCUCCUCUUUUCUUCCUUUCUUUUUAUAAUUUUUCACAGAUCUCAGUCCUGCCGUGCGGAUUCAGCCCUACAUAUUUUAUUUUAACAUUAAUAAUUUAGAUAUUAAAUAGUAUAUAUUUUAUACCUUUACUAUUUCAUAUUAAUUUAUUAAAUAUUUAAACUAAAAUUAUAAUUUAUUAUACACUUAAAUUUACAAAUUUUGUUCCAUUAUAUAAUUAUUGACUUAUACUCCCCAAACAUAGUUAAGGGUUUGAAUUUUUAAAAUGCUUCUUAUGUUGAAGCUAUAAUUGACAAAGCGAGCAUAUGUUCAUGCACACACACACAUUAGAAAAGACUUUUUUUCUUUCCUUCUCUUUUUUUUUUUUUUUUUGAAAGAUCAAAUCCCUUUUUUUAUCCAUAUGUUUUCUGAAAAAUACAAGGAAAAAAAAGGGGCAAUUAUUGCUGGAAAUCUUGUUCGAUUUUAUUGUAUUUACUAUUUUGUGGAUUACAACAGGCACUAACGUGUAACUAAGUGAUUGUCAGAACUUACUUACUACCCGUAAAUUUUGUGUACGUACAACAUAGAAACUUCAAACUUAGACAAAUCGACCAGCCAAACCCGAGCAUCGAUCAUUUGGUCUUCUUGUCCUUUCCUUUCCUUUCCUUUCUUCCAAUUUUCUCAUUGACCAAACAACGGUGAAACAUAUACCUAUAUUUGAUGGAGUAUUACAUUAGAAACAGGAGUGUUUCAUAUAUAUAUGUAUAUAUAUAAUGGUGCGUCCGUACAAGAAUCCGCCAUUAAUGCUCUCGCUUUCAUCUUUAAUGCAUUUAUUCUCUCUUUCUCUCUCUCUCUUGCAAGUUCUGUAAGAUGAAAAACGUCAAAAAAAAGAAACCCCAUUAAUCCUACUUUACUAUUUGUACAGGUUUCUUCGCUCAAUGAUGAUUAAACCCUCUUCGAUGCCUGUAGUUUUCAUGCACAUAUGUAAAUACAUACACUUGCAUAAUAAACCCUAUAUUUAUUGCAUUGCCAGCUUGAAACUCGCUCGUCGUCCUUUCUUACACCCUCAAUAAAUUCCCACUUUCGAUUACCCUAGAUAAGAUCAAACAAGCAUUUAAAGCUCUCUCUCUCUCUCUCUCUCUCUUUCUCUCUCAGGGCUGUUGAUUCACUUCACAGCUCUUUCAUUCACAGCUGCCGCUUCUUUACUCUUUAAACGAGUUGUUUACUUCUCAUCAUCUUUUUUUCCGCCCUUUGGCGACCAGAGUGAUACAUUUUAACAUUUGCUCUGUUUUCUAAGCUUCAAAUAAAGGAAAAGAUGGGAAGGACACCAUGUUGUGACAAGAAAGGAUUGAAGAAGGGACCAUGGACGCCUGAAGAGGAUGAGACUCUUGUCAGUUAUAUCAAGAAAAAUGGCUAUGGAAGCUGGCGAUCUCUCCCCAAGCUCGCAGGUCUUCUUCGCUGUGGUAAGAGUUGCCGGCUCAGAUGGACCAAUUAUCUUAGGCCAGAUAUAAAACGAGGUCCCUUUACUCUGGAAGAAGAGAAACUUGUCAUUCAGCUUCAUGGUAUUCUUGGAAACAGGUGGGCUGCCAUUGCCUCUCAACUACCAGGCAGAACAGAUAAUGAGAUAAAGAACUUGUGGAACACCCAUCUGAAGAAACGUCUUCUUUGCAUGGGACUUGACCCCCAAACUCAUGAGCCCUUUACUUCCUGUGGACCAACCAUAAAAGCACCCGCAUCCCCUGCUACUCGGCAUAUGGCACAGUGGGAGAGUGCUAGACUUGAAGCUGAGGCUCGGCUUUCGAGAGAGUCCUCACUCUUCAAUCGACCAACACCGGGGAAAACUGAUAGUGAUUAUUUUCUGCGGAUGUGGAACUCUGAAGUUGGAGAAUCAUUUAGAAAGUUCAAUCAAGAAGACAAAACUACCUGCCAAAGCCCUGCAUCAGCUUCUCAGGCAUCUUCUUCCACCAAAUGUUGUUCAUUUUCAGCUGUCACUGCUGAUAUUAGCCCCAACUUAGCAGGUUACUCUACUACGGCAAGCAAUCAAAAUGAAGACAUGGAGUGCAAGAGCUGCAAAUCUUACAAUGCUGGGUCUGAUUCAUCAAGCUCUAUUGAGUUGGAAGAUUCUUCGGACUCAACACUACAACUUCUGUUGGAUUUCCCCAUUAACAAUGACAUGAGUUUCUUGGAAGAAAAUGUUGAUAGCUUCACCACUUAUUCGGCAAUGCAGUUAUGAGAUCUUGCUGUGUAGUUAGAAGCCUCUUUUGCUUGAAUUUUGAGCUACAAAAUCUUUUGAGUACUAAAAGCUAUGAAGCUACUGUAAAAGAAAAAGGAGCUUAUAAAGCUAAGUGGUCAGUUAAUAUAGUCAUGAUUCUUCGGCCGAUUAGGGUUAGAGGGUGUAAUGAUGUUAACAUUUCCUAUUUUUAUUUAUUGGAGCCCUGCUAAUUAUUUAUAGAAAUAUAUUAUUUGGACCUAACAUUUUCAGACUUAGUUAUCCAAAUAUGCUAUGUAAUACUACAAUCGUCAAAGGGUAAACAUGGGACUAUGCUACCUGUUCAUUAAAGGCUUGUCUGAAUGUUAUCUGUAGAGCAUGAACUUCAAGUGAAUUUCUAAUGCUUUCUCAGUAUUUAACCA